ACAAAUAAUAAAUUUAACCAACUUCGUUACAAUUUCAAUUGCAGUUUGCAAUCGACAGAAAUAAACCGUAAACGCAAGAAGAGGAUCUAACUCACCCGACUUUUAAGCAGUGCAUAGUUAAAACCGGGAAAAUGGAGCAAACUGGCCUUUUGGCCAUUUUGGCACUUUUCUGUGCCUUCGGCUUUUUCGCCGCUGCCACGCCCAUUGGGGCCGAUCAAAACCUUUUGGGGGCGAGUAAAUGCACCUGGGGACCCUCGUAUUGGUGUGGAAAUUUCAGCAAUGCCAAGGAAUGUCGCGCCACCCGCCAUUGCAUCCAAACCGUUUGGGAGACAAAGCAGGUGCCCGUAGAUACGGACUCGAUCUGUAAGAUUUGCAAGGACAUGGUCACCCAGGCCCGCGAUCAGCUGAAGAGCAACGAGACCGAGGAGGAGCUGAAGGAGGUCUUCGAGGGCUCCUGCAAACUGAUCCCGAUCAAGCCGGUGCAGAAGGAGUGCAUCAAGAUGGCCGAUGACUUCCUGCCUGAGUUGGUUGAGGCCUUGGCCUCCCAAAUGAACCCAGAUCAAGUUUGUUCUGUGGCCGGACUUUGCAACAGUGCUCACAUCGAUGACCUGGUCAGGAAGGGCUUCCAGUCGGCUCUAGAUGGCACUGCCACCGACGACGAUGAUAGCUCCGAGGAAUCCGAGUUGACGCUGCAGCCCAAUCAGCUGUCCUGCGGCAACUGCAACCUUCUUUCGCGCCUGAUGCACUCCAAAUUCGCUGCCGCCGAUCGCGAUGACAUGGUGGAGACGAUGCUUCACAUGUGCGGAUCCCUGUCGAGCUUCUCGGAUGCCUGUGCCAACAUUGUACUGACCUAUUUCAACGACAUCUACGACCAUGUGAGCAAACACCUGACCACGGAUGCCGUGUGCCAUGUUUCGGGAGUGUGUGCCACGAGAUAUCACCAGCAUGAGGAGCAGCAGCAGCCCCAGGAAGCUCUGGUUGCUCUGGAUGCCGGCGAUGAUAUUCCCUGCGAACUGUGCGAACAGCUGGUGAAGCACUUGCGCGACGUUCUGGUGGCCAACACCACGGAGACCGAGUUCAAGCAGGUCAUGGAGGGCUUCUGCAAGCAGUCGCGUGGAUUCAAGGACGAGUGCAUCAGCAUCGUGGACCAGUACUACCAUGUGAUCUACGAAACUCUUGUCAACAAGCUGGAUGCCAAUGGAGCUUGCUGCAUGAUCGGCAUUUGCCAGAAGAAUUCCGCCUCCGCCAUGAAGGAUGCCCCCAUCAUGCCUCUGCUGCCGCUCAUUGAACCCGCCCAGGUCAAGAUUACCAUCGAGAAACUGGAGAAGCACCAAAAGAAGCAGCUGGGUGCCAGUGAGCCCAAGUUCAGCCAGCAAGAAAUCCUGGACAUGCAGUUGCCCAUCGAUCACCUUAUGGGUGCUGCCAAUCCCGGAGCGUUGGUGGAGGGCGGAGAGCUUUGCACCAUCUGCGAGUACCUGCUGCACUUCAUCCAGGAGACCCUGGCCACCCCGGCCACCGAUGACGAGAUCAAGCACACCGUGGAGAACAUCUGCACCAAGCUGCCUGCCGGAGUCGCCGGUCAGUGCCGCAACUUUGUGGAGAUGUAUGGCGAUGCGGUGAUCGCUCUGCUCGUCCAGGAACUGAAUCCCCGUGACGUGUGCCCCAUCAUGCAGAUGUGCCCUAAGAAUCUGCCCAAGAAGGACGACGUCGAAGUCUUCCAUCCCAAGCCAUUGAGUGACGAGCAGGAUUCGCCCACUUGCCCGCUUUGCCUCUUCGCCGUCGAGCAGGCCCAGAUCAAGAUCCGUGACGACAAGUCCAAGGCCAACAUCAAGAACGUCCUGGAUGGCCUGUGCACCCACCUGCCCAACAAACUGAAGGACGAGUGCGUGGACUUUGUUAACACCUAUUCCAACGAGCUGGUCGACAUGCUGAUUACGGACUUCAAGCCGCAGGAGAUCUGCGUACAGCUGAAACUUUGCCCGAAGACUACGGAUGCUCUCGCUGACUUGGGCAUUAGCCUGGAGGACGAUGUCGAUGGCGAGGACAAGUCGAGCAGCGAAGAGAUGAGCUUCAACGAUAUCGAGUCCCUGGAGGAACUGCCCCUUCAGCUGGCCUUCGACGAGGGCUUCAACGCCGCUCCCAAUUGCCUGAUCUGCGAGGAGCUUGUGAAGACCUUGGAGAAGCGCAUGGGCAAGCAUCCCACUAGGGACAGCAUCAAGCAAAUCCUUGAGGAGUCCUGCAACAAAAUGAGGAAGCCGCUGGCCGGAAAAUGCCACAAGGUCAUCGAUAAGUACGGUGACCAGAUCGCCGAUCUGCUGCUCAAGGAGAUGGACCCUAAGCUGAUCUGCACGGAGUUGGGCAUGUGCAUCCUGGCUGAUCUGGAUGAUCUUGAAGUGGAUGAGGCUUUGAAGUACGACGUGAUUGCCCUGCCGCAUCCGGAAAACAAGGCUAGCAUCAAGGAGCCGCCCACCUGCGUCCUUUGCGAGUUCAUCAUGACCAAGCUGGAGGCCGAUCUGAAGAACAAGACCGAGCAGGAUGACAUCAAGCGGGCAAUUGAGGCCGUUUGCAAGCGUCUGCCAGCCACAGUUCGCAAACAGUGCGAUGCCUUCGUUGAUGGAUAUGCCUCUGCGGUCCUUAAGUUGCUCAGUGACGUGCCGCCCAAGGAGGUGUGCCAGAAACUGCAGCUCUGUUUCAGCGUGGCUGUCACCGACGAGGUUGUGGAGUGCGGUGUCUGCCAUGGAGUCACCCAGGCGCUUCUGCCCUUCCUGCGCGAGAAAAAGGAUCAGGCAGAGGACAUAACCGCCAUGCAGAUGACAUCGGUGGCAUGCGAGAUCUUGCCAGCCAAGUACUACAAGAUUUGCUCCGAGAUGAUCUCCAUCUAUGGCAACAGCAUUAAGAACCUGUCCAAGCGACCCUAUGUGGAUCAGUCGCAUAUCUGCGCCGAGAUUGGCAAGUGCUUCGAUAGCGAGAAGUCUUCGCUGGCCUUUGCCAGAAUUUCAGCUUAAGAACAUCCCUUUGAGUGAUGCGUUGUGAUGUGCGAAAAAGGCGGGAAGGAGUAGAAGGGUUAGAUUUGAGAAGGAUAAGGAGAUGGAGAUGGAGGGAGCCGAUCCCACGCUUUAUAUAUGCAUAUACCUUUACAUAUAUCUGUUUACAUUCUAUAACGAUUUACUGUAAAUGAAACAUAAUUACUUACUUUUCGUUUCCGUACCCCAUGUUUUUGGCUCUAAAUUUGUUAGGAGAAUUUGUGAUGAAACUGAUUUUAUAAACGCACUCAAACCCGGCUGAAAAAAGUGAAACUUAACUAAAACUUACACUAAGCAUUAACAUAAACGUACUUUCAAUACACAAAUUAGCGAAAUCCGCCAGCAGUCACUAACUUUGUAACGAUAUCCCCAUCUAUCCGAAGUCAGCUGUGCAGUGUGUGUAGUUUAAGAUAUCAAACAAAAAAGAAAACUGUGUAAAAUACGAACAUUGAUCUUAUAAAUCAUAAAGAAAACAUAAACCGACAAA